AUGGAGGGGAAUCUGAAGAAGUUGUUGCUGAGAAGAGAGAAAACAUCAUCAGAAGAAGAGGAAUAUGAAGAAGAGGAACCAUCGUUGGUGAAGAGGGCGUGGAUAGAGAGCAAGGUGAUGUGGAUAGUGGCAGCACCAGCCAUCUUCACUAGAUUCUCAACCUUUGGUAUCAACAUUAUAAGCCAGGCUUUUGUUGGUCAUAUUGGUCCAAAAGAACUCGCUGCUUUUUCCCUUGUCUUCACUGUUCUCAUACGCUUCGCCAAUGGUAUUCUGUUAGGAAUGUCGAGUGCGAUGUCAACACUUUGUGGACAAGCAUAUGGUGCACAAGAAUAUGGCAUGAUGGGAGUGUAUCUUCAAAGAUCAUGCAUAGUUUUAUUCUCAACUGCUUUAUGUCUUCUUCCACUGUUCAUCUUCGCAACCCCAAUUUUGACGCUCUUAGGCCAAGAUGAAAGCAUAACACAAGUGGCUGGAACCAUUUCACAAUGGUCAAUUCCCGUCUUAUUUGCUUAUAUUGUCUCAUUCAAUUGCCAGACAUUCCUACAAUCUCAAAGCAAGAAUGUCAUUAUUGCAUUCUUGGCAGCUUUCUCAAUAAUCAUUCAUGUGAUCCUCUCUUGGCUAUUCACAAUACAGUUCAAGUUUGGGAUUCCUGGUGCAAUGAUUUCAACAAUUUUGGCAUACUGGAUUCCAAAUAUUGGUCAACUAAUAUUUAUUACAUGUGGAUGGUGCCCUGAAACAUGGAAAGGUUUCUCAGUUUUAGCAUUCAAAGAUCUUUGGCCUGUUAUCAAGCUUUCCAUCUCAUCUGGUGCCAUGCUAUGUCUUGAGUUAUGGUACAACACAAUAUUGAUUCUUUUGACUGGUAACAUGGAAAAUGCCGAGGUUCAAAUUGAUGCUCUAUCUAUAUGCAUUAACAUUAGCGGAUGGGGACUGAUGAUAUCAUUUGGUUUCAUGUCUGCAGCAAGUGUUCGUGUGGCAAAUGAACUUGGAAGAGGAAGUUCCAGAGCUGCAAAGUUCUCUAUAGCUGUGACAGUGCUUACAUCCUUUUCUAUUGGGUUUAUCUUAUUUGCACUUUUCUUAUUUUUAAGGGAAAGAGUAGCUUAUGUGUUUACUUCAAACGAAGAUGUAGCUGCUGCUGUUGGAGAUUUGUCACCUUUGUUGGCAGUUUCUUUAUUACUAAAUAGUAUUCAACCAGUACUCUCAGGGGUUGCUGUUGGAGCAGGAUGGCAGAGCAUUGUAGCAUAUGUGAACAUAGGGUGUUAUUACUUCAUUGGUAUUCCAGUUGGAAUAGUACUUGCUAACAUUAUUCACUUGCAAGUCAAGGGUAUUUGGAUUGGAAUGUUGUUUGGGACACUAAUUCAAACCAUAGUCCUUAUUAUAAUCACCUACAAAACUAAUUGGGAUAUACAGGUAACUGUAGCUCGCAAUCGUAUUAAUAAAUGGUUUAAGGUAGACCAUGAUCAUGAAGUAAUUACAUCAAAUAAUUAG